AUGGGAAUCGACACUAUCUCUCUCUCUCUCUCUCUCUUACUGCUUCCAUAUCUGUCUUUCUGCCAUUCUCUCUCUCUCUCUCUCUCACUGCUUCUGUAUCUGUCUUUCUGCCUCUCCCCUCUCUCUCUCUCUCUCUCUCUCACUGCUUCCAUAUCUGUCUUUCUGGCUCUCUCUCUUUCUCUCUCUCUCUCACUGCUUCCAUAUCUGUCUUUCUGCCUCUCUCUCUCUCACUGUUUCCAUAUCUGUCUUUCUGCAUCUCUCUCUCUCUCUCACUGCUUUUAUAUCUGUCUUUCUGCCUCUCUCUCUCUCUCUCUCUGCUUCCAUAUCGGUUUUUCUGCCUCUCUCUCUCUCUCUCUCUCACACUGCUUCCAUAUCUGUCUUUCUGCCUCUCUCUCCCUCUUUCACUGCUUCCAUAUCUGUCUUUCUGCCUCUCUCUCUCUCUCACACUGCUUCCAUAUCUGUCUUUCUGCCUCUCUCUCCCUUUCUCACUGCUUCCAUAUCUGUCUUUCUGCCUCUCUCUCUCUCCCCUUUCAUAUCUGUCUUUCUGCCUCUCUCUCACUGCUUCCAUAUCUGUCUUUCUGCCUCCUCUCUCUCUCUCUCUCACUGCUUCCAUAUCUGUUUUUCUGUCUAUCUCUCUCUCUCACACUGCUUCCAUAUCUGUCUUUCUGCCUCUGUCUCUCUCUCUCACUCAAUCUAACCCUCUCUACAUCUUGUUCUAUCUAUCUAAGCAUAUUCAAUCAAUCUAUCCAUAUUCAAUCUACGUAUCUAUCUAUCUAUCUAUCUAUCUAUCUAUCGAAGCAUAUUCUAUCUCUCCAUAUAUCUAAGUAUAUUCUAUCUAUCUAUCUAUCUAUCUAUCUAUCUAUCUAUCUAUCUAUCUAUCUAAUGUCGUGUCUUUAUAAUUCUUCUCAGCCGCGACCUUAUAAUUUUCCUAGAAUGUGUCCUUAUAAUUCUCCUUGGCCACAUCACUAUAAUUCCACUAGGUCUUCUCUCUAUAAUUCUCUUAUUUCGUUUCAUCAUAAUUCUUCUAGGCCAUUUCUUACAGGCCAUAUCCCUAUAAUUUUCUCGGUUCAUAUCUAUCUAUCUAUCUAUCUGUCUGUCUAUCUAUCUAUGUAUCUAUAUAUCUAUCUAUCUGUCUGUCUAUCUAUAUAUCUAUGUAUCUAUCUAUCUGUCUAUCUAUAUAUCUAUGUAUCUAUCUAUCUGCCUAUCUAUCUAUCUAUAUAUCUAUCUAUCUGUCUGUCUAUCUAUCUAUCUAUGUAUCUAUCUAUCUAUCUGUCUAUCUAUCUUUCUUUCUAUCUAUCUAUCUAUCUAUCUAUGUUUCUGGUAGUUCAUAUCUAUUAUAUCAUUCUUAUUUCUCAAUAUCUAUCUAUCUAUCUAUCUAUCUAUCUAUCUAUCUAUCUAUCUAUCUAUCUAUCUAUUAGCUUGCCAUUUAAGAUCUAUCUAUCUAUCUAUCUAUCUAUCUAUCUAUCUAUCUAUCUAUCUAUCUAUUUCAGACUUACGGCCAUUGUAAUGCACUUUAUCUAUUCAAAUAUAUCUUUCCAUAUAUUUAAAUUUUACCGUAUCUAUUCUGAACUGGUCAUAUCAAUGUCUCUCUCUCUCUCUCUCUCUUCGUGCAAAAAACCCUGUGAAUCGCGCAAAUUCAUAUUUCUCUCAUGUAUAAGCCAAACAGAAGGUCAGUGA